CAUCAGUGAACACUAUUGCAUGAUGAGCAAAGCUCUGAAUAUAGAGAUUGGUCUCACAGGUUUUGAGACAUUGUUGACAGCUGUUUCAGUUUUUAAACAGAAACUGAAACAGUUUUAUUACCAAGUAGGUUUGCACAUACAAGAAAUGUCUCGGUGUUUUGAUGCAUAACCAAAAAUACAGUGCAAAAGUCAAGAGAUAUGAUAUAAAUGGAAAAAUGUACAAUAGAAAACAUAAAAAGUAUGACGUCUUAUACAAUUUAGGAAAGUAUAAAUGUCAAACAUUUGAACAUAAUACAUGAAAUAAAAUAAAGGGAUUUCUGUCGCUAUAAGCCUAAUUUAUUCAUCUGUUUUUACUUGUCAUUUGAACCAGAGCCAUCUGAUUUGAUCAUUUCGGUGACCUACGGUAAGCGGUUUUACUGCGCAUCUGUUCGGCGCACUCUACUGGUCACAUGUGCGUCUCCACCCGAUUGGCUACACCUGCGCAUGCGCUCAAGUUAUUUUUCCGUAGCGUUUUAGCCUGCACAUCAACGAUUGCGGGAAGACGAACCGUUGUGGGGUGUUCAUUCAGAGGAUUCUCGAAAUUUCUCCCCGGCGACUUUUUCGAAGAACACAUAUCCCGAUAAUACUGCGUUGUUUGUGCUAAAGUCUUUUGAAACAGAGCAGAGAAGAGCUCUCUUUUAUCGGCGGUCUUAUCUGUGAGCGGCAGGCACCCGGACGCACGCUGAUGGCGGUCACUAUUGAGGAUCUCUAUCGGAGCUACGGGGUCCUUGCUGACGCUAAGGACGACCUCAGUCAGCACAAAGAUGCCUACCAAGUAAUCUUGGAUGGCGUGAAGGGUGGCCCGAAGGAGAAGCGCCUGGCGGCACAGUUUAUCCCCAAGUUCUUCAGCAGCUUUCCGGAACUGGCCGACUCGGCCAUCAAUGCCCAGCUUGAUCUUUGUGAAGACGAGGAUGUGUCGAUCCGACGGCAGGCCAUCAAGGAGCUUCCGAGGUUUGCAACUGGCGAGAACAUCCUCAGAGUUGCAGAUAUUCUCACCCAGCUCCUUCAGACAGAUGAUACACCAGAGUUCAACCAAGUGAAUGGAGCACUUGUUUCUAUCUUCAAGAUAGACGCUAAGGGUACUCUCGGAGGCCUCUUCUCUCAGAUCCUGCAAGGAGAGGACAUCGUGCGGGAAAGGGCCAUCAAGUUUCUGUCAACCAAACUGAAGACCCUCCCAGAGGACGUCAUGACAAAGGAGAUGGAGGAUUAUGUCUUUGCAGAGACAAAGAAGGUUCUGGAGGAUGUGACUGGAGAGGAGUUUGUGCUGUUGAUGCGUGUGGUGUCGGGCCUGCGGGUGCUGCAGACGGUGAACGGGCGGCAGCAGCUGGUGGAGCUGGUGGUGGAGCAGGCUUUCCUGGAGCAGGCCCUCAACCCGGCUGACCCGGACACUGUUGACCGCCUGCUGCAGUGCACACGUCAAGCCCUGCCCCUCUUCUCUAAAAAUGUCCAUUCCACACGUUUUGUAACUUACUUCUGUGAACACGUCCUGCCCAACCUCAGUGCUCUGACAAGUCCUGUGGCUGAGCUGGACAUUCAGUUGGAGGUGCUGAAGCUGCUGGCUGAGAUGAGUCCGUACUGUGGAGACAUGGAGAAGCUGGAGCCCAACCUCAACAUGCUGUUUACCAAGCUGCUGGAGUUCAUGCCUGUGCCACCAGAAGAAGCGGAGAACGGAGAGAACCCGGCAAGCGAGGAGCCCAAACUGCAGUUCAGCUACGUGGAGUGUCUCCUCUUCGGCUUCCACCAGCUGGGCAAGAAGCUGCCGGACUUCCUCAUCGAGAAAGUGGAUGCUGAGCGCCUCAAAGACUUCAAGAUCAGGUUACAGUAUUUUGCCAGAGGCCUGCAGGUUUAUAUCAGACAGCUGCGAGUAGCACUGCAAGGAAAGUCCGGAGAUGCUCUGAAGACAGACGAGAAUAAGAUCAAAGUGGUGGCCCUCAAGAUCACAAACAACAUCAACGUCCUCAUCAAGGAUCUCUUCCACAACCCUCCAUCAUUCAAGAGCACAGUCAGUCUGUCCUGGAAACCCGUCCAGAAGGCCGAGGCAGCAGCGCCCAAGCGCCCGUCCGGUGAGGAGAUGGGCACUGGCGACGGCAUAAAGAAACAGGUCUCGCCUCAGCCCCGGAGGGACUCGCGGCAGAUCUACAAUCCCCCCAGCGGCAAGUUCAGCGCAACCAUCGGCAAUUUCACUUAUGAGCAGCGCGGCGGCUUCAGGGGCGGCCGGGGACGAGGCUUCGGAGGCCGAGGCAACAGGAGCCGAGGCCGAAUCUACUGAGAAACUCGCACAAACGCACGCAUAUACAGUACAUGUUGCUCGUUGAACUGCAUCACAUCAAGACGGACUAUUUGUCACCAACUCUUUUUUUUUUUUGUCUUUUUCACUUUCCAACUCGCACAUCCAGUUUUUUGUGUUGGUUUGGUUUCCUGUCUUUAGGAUAUCAGACAACUGGCUCAGUUAUUACAAUUACUCCCCAUAAUCCUCUUGGCCAUGGCGAUAGAGUAGCGUAAAUCUAGAUGUUUUUUCCCCUUCAUUUUUAAUAAUAUUAUUGUGUAUUUUUGUGGAACAAAAGACUGCCAUGUUGUAACUGAUAAAUAUUUUUGUCGGAUCGUUGUAGGAAGAGAUGAAGAUCCUCUUGUUUGGAACAUGUUGAUAAAUGCGUUUCUGUCUACCUUUUUAUUUAAUCUUCUUUUUUUUUUUAUUAGAACUUAAGUUGAAUUGGCUGAUGAUGCUACUUUGUAUGAAUCAAUGAUGUCGUUUCAUUGGAUUUUUAUCAUAAACUUGUAUGGAAGUAUGAA